UGUUGUGUGGACUGAAAUCAAAGCGUCGUUCCCCAGUACCGCCUGAUUAUAAUCGACGUACAAAUUGCAAAGGCAAUAAAUGAAAUUGAUAAUGAUAAUGAUGAUGAUGAUAAUGAUAACAGAAAUAAUGAUUAUGUUAAGACACGAGAGGUUGCAACAUAAAAUUAUGGCGGCAUACCCAGGCGAAACGGCAAUGUUGACCCUUUCUAAAAAACAAUCAUAAGAACCAGACAACUACCUUUGGCUGCAUGUUCUACAAUAGUAUCAAAUUCAGACAUCUAAAAUGAGGGCGUUAUUUUAUUUGUUAUAAAGACAGAUACUUGUAAUUACUCAUGCCAUUAAUCAACAGUAAAGCAAAUCGGUAAUUGUGAAUGCAUUAAGUUUUAAUUUUUCUAAUCAUAUAACUAACAUUAUCGAUCAAUCAAGAUUUAAGACCAUAUUAUUAUCACCACCCACAAACGAAUAACCAAUCACAUAGGCUUAAGCUAGACACAUUUCACGUUCAUCAGCAAACAAAAAUUUAAGACAUUCUGGACACUAGGACAUUGUCAACGGUCAGGGAUUUCGCAAAUGCAACCUUGUUUGACUCAUUGGACAUUAUGUGUAGGUAUAUGUAAUUUCAUCGUUAGUGUAUAUGAGCCAUACUUAAUGUUGAGUGUAUAACAUUAGAAACUAUUAUACUUGUGUUUCUACUGAAGAGACUGCAGCCUAAUAAGAUCCGGACGCGGAAAAUGGGAUCGACUAUCACAUGAGUGUUCAGCAUUUAGACUUAGAUUUCAAAAUGGCUGUGUGUGAUUUUCACUUAUUAUAACAAUAAAGCAAGGGUUGAAAUUGGGGAUGACAUUGUGGUAUUAUCAUGUACACUGAGUGGCAAUAAGCUGAAGACCGAUCAUUUUCAUGAGUCUACCAGUGUUUUUUUUUAAACACAAAAUGUCACAUAGAUGUAAACAGCAGGACCCUCCGCAGAAAGAAGACACAGUUGAAUGGUUGGAUCUGACACUGAUCUUAUAUUAUCCUGCGCUAAACAUGAACAGUCAAACUGGCUUCUUGGUUGAUAAAAAUUGACUUAAACGACAUCGUUAUUCUGUUCAGACAUCGUAAUUGUAUUGUAAUAACGAUAACAUUUAUUUAAUUUUUCUUUUUAUGCGAACAGUCCUCGACAAUCAAAGUUCAUCGAAUUAAAGUACAACUGCAGAUUUUUAGUCCUUUUUGUAGAAAUAUAUGAAUACAUAAAUUUACAUUUAAAUUCACUUUAGGGCCUAUACCGACACAAUAUAUUAGGCCUAUUCAUUCUUUCAACGUUUUUAAAAAUGGCGUGUCUGAAUGAAACUUAUAACUUUACUCACGAAUAUUCGGAUUUUUUAAAGAAACAUUCAACGUUAUAUAUAAGCAUUGUGUUAACAAUCUGCUUCCCACUAGUGGUAAACAACUUACUGACGAUUAUUGUCAUCACAAAGACAAAACUCCUUCGGAAAAAACACAACAUUUUCGUAUUGUCGUUGGCAGUAUGCGAUUUAUUGAUUGGUAUCCUAGAUGUUGUACUAGUUAUAUGUUUACACAAUCAGAGUGCUUGGGUAGCAUUUAUUUUUAUCAGUAUCUUGUUACAUACCUUGACUCUUACAUCGAUAUUGAAUGUUACUGCCGUUGCAGUGGAAAGAUCUCUUGCACUAGUCUUUAUGCCGUUACACUAUGCUAGUAACGUCACCACUAAACGUCUUUCGAUUGUUUGUAUAUUUUUAUGGGUUGUACCCCUCGCGUCAGUCCCAAUUCUGUACAUAUACAGUGAACCCGAAAUAUCUUUGUGGUUAUUUUCAAUGAUCUGUUUAUUUGGCAUGAUAGCUACAGCUAUUUUCUAUGUAAUCAUAUAUCAGACCAUAUGCAAGUCUGAUGAGCGUCUUGCGGCUAUGGGUGUCCACGAUGUCAACCGAUCAAAGAAAGUUUUGAAGACGUUUUCAAUUAUAACUGGACUUUUAAUUUUAUUGUGGACGCCAUUUCUUGUUAUUAGCAUAUGGGUUUCAUUUCCGAAGAUUGCAUGUUUUUUCGGAGAAUCUUACAUUAUAAUUUACAUUAUAUCACAUUUGAUGACGAUUGUAAAUUCUAUGAUCAACCCACUUAUUUAUUGGUGUCGACUGUCAGAUUUCCGUAAAGCUUUCAGCGACACUUUUGGAAAAUGUGGCGUUCCGUUGCAAUUAAAGGUUGACACGUAGGCAAUUUUAAAUGCGUGCAAUGCAGCUAGAGCAUGCAGAAAAGGGUACUGUAGUGAACCCACUAAGUACUCGAAUACCGGUCGGCUCCCUUCUUAUUACACUAUUAUAUAUUCUACGGCCCACAAACCUCGGAUUGUAGAUCAAUUUUUCAGUUUGAAGAAACGAAUGUACCUACCAUAAAUGUAACUGGGGUAGGCCUACUGUAAUUGAGAAAUUUCUUAUUUCUAAUAACUGGUACUGAGAAUAUUAAAAACAAAUCUGUAUUUACAUAAAGAAUUCGUUAGUACGGUAAUACUGAUAAUGAUGAUGUUGAUAAUGAUGAUGAUGAAGAUGAUGACGAUGGUAAUAUUGAUGAUAACAUAGUAAAGGAAAACGACAAUAUUAAUCCUUUCAACUUAUGAACGUACGUUACGAUAUCUUUGUGCAUUGUUAUAAUCUACAGUAGGCCUAUAGGCCUAUUCUCUAUUAAAGGACACGAGUCCACGAAACGAUUUUUUUUAAAAUUAAUUUGUUUUAGUUUGUUUACAGACAGCUAGGUGAAUUAUUCAUAUCAUCAAUCAGUAGGAAAGAAUAUUGUGAAUGUAUUUGUUUUUUUAAGCUAGUCAUUACUUAAAUUUAUUAAUCCGUGGGCUAUCAACGUGUCAUUAUCACCUUAAUGACCUGACACUUUUUGUUUACCGAUAGUGAAUGGAUAUAAUCUGCAUAGCUAAUAAUCAUUAUAGGCUUUUCCAUGCUGAUCUUCAAAACCAAGACUUAAUAGACAGUGCUAUGUUUAGCAUUUGCCUAAUGUGUUUCAAUUCCGAAGAUUGCAUGUUCAAUCGGGCGUAAUUACAUUUUCGUGUACUUUAUCUUACACAAUUGUUUAUGAUUGCAAGCUUCUGAAACAAGCAUCCCAGCUUAAAGGG